AUGCUCCUAGACCAGUUCCCUGCCCAGGGAAAGUCCAUCUUCAAAACCCUGGAAGAGUCUGAGGAAAGGCCUCCACAGAAGCCUCGAAGGCUGCUCACAUGGGAUGCAAGACAGGAGCAGGGCAGCAGCAUGAAGAAAGGGAGGUUGCAGCUGCGUUCUGCCCAGGUGACUCACAGGGAGCCAGCAGCAACCACAGCUACAAAGUAUGAGCAGACCACAAGGAGAGCAAGAGAAUUCGUGGACCCUAAUGCUACCCAGAGGGCUCAGUUUGACCCAGAUGCCAGGUCUCAGAGCUUGACAGAGGAGAACCUUCUGCCCCUGACACCCCGGCAGCUAUCAGCCUUCCAGGAUAUCUUCAAACUGUUCAGCUGCAGCCCCACAGGCACUGUGGACAUGUGUAGCUUGAAAGUUGUCCUGCACAAUGUGGGUAUCCACCUGGGCCCUCAGGAGAUGUGUGAGGCUCUUCGGCUGGCAGACUUAGAUGGUGAUGGAAUUGUAAGCUUCAAGGACUUCCUGGGCGUCCUCACUGAUAACCACCGCCUGGCUCAGUGCAUGGGCCAAGUGAGGAGCAGUCGGGUCUGUGACCCCCAGGGCCUCCAGACCCUAUUCCUAGAGGUGGUGUUCAAGCUGCUGAGACAGGGCUUGGUGCCCUCCAAGUCAGGGCAGGAGGUGAUAAGCUACUACUCCAAGAAACAGCGGGUUCUGCGACUGAGCCCAAGCUGGAGGGGCCGAGCCCGCGGCCAAGGGCGGCCCGUGCGCUCCCAACCCGGCCUCAACUACUUCUGCCAGGCGGCGCGCAUAAGUGGCCUCUCCAGUUCCGAGCUGGCGCGAUCUCUGCACAGACUGUCCAGAGCGGGUGCGCGCAGCCCCUAUUCUCAGAUACCCACCCUGACUGGGCGGACUCGACCAGAAUGCAGGAAGCGGGGCCGAACCCGGGUCUCCGAAGUCCGUCUUCCCAAGCCCUACCAGCCCAGUCGCCGCAAGACCCAGCUCAACCUGAGGCCGCUCUGCCAAGGUGUGAGACGCCCUUCAGCAGGGUUAGUGACCCAGCCGCUGAAGCAAAUGCGCCCCGCGAAGCUGGAUCCCUCCCUGCCAACUCUAGUGCAAAAGCAGCCCUUCUCCCCUUCACCAGCCUGUUUGCAGAGAUCUGCCAUGAAGAGCUUGUACAAGUAA